UUGGACGGAAGGAUGUCAAUCAUGUCAUUGGGCCAUGGGUUUUGCCGAAGCCCACGAAGAAGUUCACGAAAGUUCACAGGAGUGCAGUUCUCACGCAAUACGGAAGCGUCGCCGUUUAUCACCAUUCCAGUUAUAUCCGUUAGUCACUAUUAUUUUAAUUGCCCUAAAGUCGUUGUUUGUUGCUUUUGUUUAACACUUUCUGUCAGAUAAGCGUGUUUUAACUUUAAACACCGUCACUCAAGCUUUCCCUCAAGCUUGCCGCGCUUUUCUUUUAACGUUACGUUAACGUUACCUCAGAAUUUAAAUAAAGUCAAACUGAGAAUGAGUGGAAGUGGGGCACAGUCUUUGUUCAGCCUCGAUCUUCCGGACCUGAGGAAUUUAUGUUGUGUAAAUCUGUUCUUCCCAAAUAGUCAUGAUGAAGGAGAGCUGAGAAACAAACAAGUGAAAACCUGCAGGGAGCUGAUUCUCAUGCAGUCAGACAUUGUUGCCUCACCUGUGUUGGGCCAUUAUGGGGGCAUUUCUGUUAUAAUGACUACUGCACUUCACAAGACAGGUUUCAUCCAGGCCUUUGCAGAGAAACAUGGUCUACAGUUGUGCCCUCCUCAGAGAGUAUUUCCUGCCAUUCUGCAGAACUGUUUGUCUUACACUGUGACGACUAAACUGGCCCCUAAAUGGAACAAAGCUGGCCAAUAUCUUAUAGCAGGAAAAGAUUUCCUCAGUGACACUGGAAAACUGAAUGCAGUUGUGCUUGAGAUGAAUAUCACUGAGACUCAACUGUGUGGCAAUGUGGAAGUCAAGACGGUCAGACUUCCUCCAGCCGAAAUCCAGGAUUUUGAUUUUCCUGCUCCUGUGGUGAUAAACUUCCUCCACACUAAAGAAGCUGUGCUGCAUACAGUCAUGCCAAAUAGCUGGUGCCACAUUCUGCCUAGUAUGAAGAAAGGCCAAAUCAUCAGCAUCAGUCGUAGGAUUCCAGAGGAAAGCCCGUUCCAAUCUUACCUAGACAUUCAGAAGCACUGGAGCAAUAUGGUAAACACUAACAUCAAACAAUUUAGACACAUAUUCCUAUUGAAGUAUUCAUAUGGAUAUCAGCUACCCUCAGUAGGUGAAGAGGACGUGAUUUACUGCAGUGUGUACUUUAAACCAAUAGGUGACAAGCUCUUCACGUAUCCUUCAGUAAAGGCAGGUGAUCAGUUACCUAUUUACAGCUAUCAUUAUUAA